AGGGAGGGGCCCGUGAGCGAGAGAAGGAAGCGGACGGUGCAUAGUGGGAGAGCCAGAGACAACAGCAGUGCUGCAUCGGUGGAACAAGAAAGAGAGGGAGGGAGGUGGAAGAGGGAUAAAGCACGAGAGAGAGAGAGAGAGAGAGAGAGAGAUCCAGAGGAAGAGAGGGGGGCUUCCAGACUGGAUGGGCCCAGCGGUGCCUUGAUGGAGCAUGGGCCAGGUUCUAGGAUUCUCCCGCUGCAAGGAAUAUGGUUCUGUCUCCUCCACACCUGAUUCAACAUCUCCCUGCACUGAAGGUGGGAAUGAGGAGUCUGAGCUGUACGACCUGCAGACGGCCAGGGAGUGGUCUGACGAAGAAGAUGGGGGUCCGGAGGAUGAUGAUGGUGGAGCUUCAUCCCCCUCCAUUUGGGGGACCCCGAGACAGAACUCCUUCGAGGCCACCUUCUCCUACAUCGCCAUCGCCGAGGCAGAGGCAGGCGGAUCCUCACGACAUCAUCGUGACUCAUCGUCAGGGAGCCGGCGGAGGAGCGGGGCCAGGGGAGGCCGCACCUCCCUGAGCCGCACGGAUACCGUGGAAAUGCUCCUCCCCCUGGACUCCCCCGACGUGGAGUGGGACCCCCACGCCUUCCUCGCCCGAGAGGAGGAGGAGGAGGAGGAGGAGGAGGAGGAGGAGGAGAGGGAACAGGAGGAAAGGGAAAUGGAGGUCCACAGACAGACUGAGACGGUCUAUGCAUCUCUCCUAGAUACUGAGAUUGAACCUCAGGAGAGGGACACAGAGACCCAGAGAGGGGAGACAGAGCCCCUGGAGCCCCGGCACUACAGUCCCUCAGACAGCCACCAGGCGGCAUCCCCGCCCCCUGAGCCUGAGUCCCUCGUAACCAUGGAAACCACCGUCACACUGCUCACAGCUGUGCGACCAAGAGGCGGCCUCACCGAUGACGUGCCAUCCGCUUCCUCCACCUCCAUUGGUCGAAACACUCAGGAAGAGCUGGUCAGCGAACAGUGGUUUUCAGCGUUCAACCUAUCAGGCCCCGCGAUAUGCAUCCACGUAGCAGUGAUGGAUCUGAUCUACUGGAAGGACACAGAGCGUACAGGCAUGGUAUUCACAGGGCUGGUGGUUGGCCUGCUGUCCUUGUUCCAGCUCAGCAUCAUCACAGUCGUCUCCACCAUCUCCCUGGGCGUCAUGUGCUUCACCGUCUCAGUCAGCAUCUACUAUAAAAUCCUGCAAGUGCUCAACAUGGGAGACGGAGUGCACCCUUUCAAGGCGUAUCUGGAUCUGGAAAUAAGUUUCAGUGGGGAGCUGGCGGACCAAUACACGCAGAAGGCCAUCGUUACAGUCAUCUCUGCUGCUAACUCACUCAAGAAUCUCUUCCUGGUUGGAAACCUCUUUGACUCUCUCAAGCUCCUGGCUCUGAUGUACCUGGUGACUUUCCUGGGAGACCUGUGUAACGGCCUUACAGUGCUCAUCAUUGCUGUGAUCACUCUCUUCUCUCUACCGCUGUUCUACAGACAGCACCAGGCAAAAGUGGACAGCUUCUUUGCAGGAAUUCAGGCAAAGGUUGACAACGUCAAGGACAUUCUCCACAGAAUUGCCCAAGGUGGUGGCCCCGCCCCUGACCCAACCCCUGGCGGUGCGAAGCCCAAAACACAAUGAAGAGUCAUGGCGGACAGAACAGGAGGAUGAGGAGCAGAGAAGAGGAGGAGUUACAGGCUGUCACUCAGAUGUCUUACUCAGCAGUCUGCUCAGAGCUCCAGAAGGCGGAGCUUCUGAGAUUGGGCAGGUUGUGUGGGGAGUCGAAGCAUGGGGGUUGGGACAUGAUGAUACUGUAUGGUGGGAUAGGGUAGGUUGCUACUGGGUGAGGAUGAGGAAACGGGAGUGAUAUCUGGACGGGAGUUGUUGCUGUUUUGAAGGAAGAUUUAAGACACAACUUAUGAUUGGUUGGUACAGCGUUAAACGACCUACAUGGGUGAUUGUGGCUUGAAUGGUACCGGCAGCUGCAGUCCAGUAAAAUAAUACGACUGAUUGGAACCUCCGAUUCUAUGAGACCUGUGGGUUCCUUAUUGACAGCUGUAUAUCUGAACAGAGGGAAGUUAAACAACUUCAGUAUAGAGUCCAGCAGGACUGGAGUUCACCAGGAGCUAGGACAGGGUCAGAAAUUGGAGUUCACCAAACCGGAGUUCAUCAUUAUUCAUAGCAGCCUAACACUUGGAAUCAGGAUGUGUGUGAGGGAAUGGUGGCACUGUUGUGCUCACGACGUGUGUGUGUGUGUGUGUGUGUGUGUGUGUGUGUGUGUGUGUGUGUGUGUGUGUGUGUGUGUGUGUGUGUGUGUGUGUGUGUGUGUGUGUGUGUGUGUGUGUGUGUGUGUGUACACAGUAUGUGUGAGUUGACAUGCAGCUUGCUGAUCUGAACCUGUUACCUGAGAACUAUUAAAACCACAACUGUUCUUUUCAUUUCAAAUGUUCUGUUCCUUUUUGCCCACAUGGUCAUCCACACAACGUUUUGUGUUCAUCAACGUUGAACGUCUUCCGUUCUCGUUUCAACAGUCUGUACAACCAGUGAGGUUUCUAAAAUGGCCUUCAACUGUAGGAUGCAACAUCGCAGUCAGAACCAGGCCUCGAAAUGCAUUUUCUGAAUUGACAUUCAAGGAGACACUGAUCAAAAAUGUACACAGUAUGACUUUUAAAGAUCCAAAUAUCCGUGAGAAUGGAAUAGGGGAAAAUGCAGUUAAUUAGGAUUUCAUCUGAGAUUGAGGUAAAAGGAAUCUGUGUAAUACAGUACUGAGUAUUGAAGGUUAAACCAGACUUCUGAUGUUGGAGUAUUGAAACAAUUAUAUGAAUCUCCUUCAUUGCCAGCCAGAAUAUGGUUUGAUAUGACAGGCCAAUUGUUAUGGAUACAGAGGCACGCACAUGUCCUUCUGGUAAUGCAUCAGAGGUAUUCAUGCAAAGGAGUUGAAAAAAUAAAAGGCUAGAUGGACAAUUUGAAUAUCAAUGGAGGGGGUACUGUUACCCAAACGUUAAACCCCAAUCACCCACACAGAGGGUACCUCUAGCCUAAUGCACGCAAACGUAGGACGGUAUGGUUGAGUCUGCCAACUGACUUUGGAAUGCGACGACAAACGAGGAGCUUUGUUCCAGUGUGCCGAUUUGUUAUAUUUUUUAUUACCUGACAAAUCAAGAUUUCACAGGUGUUUGUAUCUUUCAAAUUUCAGAAGGGGAGGGAACAUUUGGCCCAUGUUUGGGCUGAGAGUUUCGGUUUAGGGGGGUGGAGACUAGUCUUGUUAAUAUCUUUUUCUCAUACAUCUCACCCAAGAACCUAAAUGAGCAUCUGACACAAUGACGUGAGAUUUUAGUUUUGGGUUUCCGAGAUUACGUCUCGCCUGAAAGGGUGUUUUGACAGCGAUAACUCAAUGCUUGCCUUCCUAUCAACAGUCCCAUUAGUGCAUGACUGAAUGACUUUGCCUGGCUACCCAAACGUCCCAACAGACGACUUAAACGGCGGCAGUCUCAGACCGAAGUAUGUAGCGAACAUAGAGCAGUGGAACAAUUCCGUUGGAGUCGUCAGGGAAUGAAUGACUAGCUCGAUAACUGCCUCUAGACGUCUUCUGUAACAAGCAAUUCACGUCGGACUGAAACCAAGGCUUUUUUAGAGUCAUUUCACAAUCAUUUAUAAUCAUCAUCGUCAUCAUUACCAUUUGAGUACAAAGAAACAUUUCAGAAUAUGCUGCCACAGAAAUGCCCACCUCACAUCUAUUGCCUUCAGGUCCUCACCACAGCCUGGCAGUGUGCUUUAGUAAUAGUCCUAGACCUGUUUUUUAAGGGUACAUUUUCCCCUGCCUUAUUAUUAUUAUUGUAUGUUUUGACUGUGUGCCACAACCCUUAAUUCUAAGAUUUAGAAUUAACUUUAUCCCAGGACAUGGUUAGAUGAUGUUGCCUGUUCGCCAACACUUGAUGUCUCCCUCCCUCCUAUAGUAUGUUGCACUGAUCUCACUACACAGUACUAGGGAUGCCGGAAGCCCACGACAGACCUGAACCCUUGGUAGAUGGUGAAUUGGAAGAUGAGUGGUGUGAUGGGUUAUGGUUCGCAGGAAGACUUUAUUACACGAUCCCUUAGAAGAGGCAAGGACACGAGAGCAAGUCUUAACAAACCUAAAAUUAAAUGUCAUUACUUGUAUUAUGCAUAGACCAACAUGAAUAAUUUUGUAUGAUCAAAAAACAAAUGGGUAUCCAAACGUUGAAUCUUGCAAUAAUAUAUAUAUUAAACAAAAUCUUGAAAAAUAAAUCAACAUUUUGACGUGA